AUGCACCCUCAUCACAACCGCCUCCUCAUCUAUUACAGCUGCCCCGCAUUCGCCUCUGAUUUUAGCACGAACCCCAUUGCAAACACGUCCUUUUCCUUUGCGUUUCCGAGAUUGCAGCUUGGGAAACCUUCUCUCCUUCACGUUGCUAGUCUCAAUUUUCUUAGUUGGUAA